AGAACAUCCUGAGUUGUACAAAGGUCAAGAUUCACAAGCUAAUGAAACUGGAGGCAAACCAACAGAUGGUAACAAUCCAGGUGGUCCACCUCCUGGACGUAGAGAAGCUGCUACCGAUGAAUUGUUGCUCGAGCGUUUCCGCAAGCGAGAAAAAUUCCGUGUCAUGCGAAGAUAGCAAUAGCUGACCGAGUAGGCUGAUGGCUGGCUUGGUGCUGUUGCCCUUUAAGCAGGAAACAUGUUAGUGGCGACACAUGGUUGCCCUCCGUAUAUUUGUUGGGUUGUUCAGUGAACCUAUCACGCUGCCUUGGUUGGUUACUCUGCUUCUGCAGCUCCAGUUAUACAGAGGAGCUAUCAAGCAGAUUUGAGUGGGUCUGUUUCCUUCAUGUGUUGCAUCAAUCUGGAGGCUUCAUACAGUUCGAGGACUUCACAGUGGAUGUCAAAUUGCAGGAGCACUCUUAUUUUAGGGAUGUGUGACUCUCGCAAAUUGUCCGCCUGCAUGCUCAUCUUCGUUCGAAGAAACUCUGUUCUCAGUUGUGCUCUUCUGCUAUACUAUGCAUGAGCAGCAUCUUGAGCCAAGGGGUGGUCGGUCUAGUGCAUUUUCUUAUGUUCACUUUAGCCUAAGUGCAUUUUGGCGUGGAAUAUACUUUCAUCAAUCUAGCCUGGAAGCGCAAUUUACUUGCA